CUGGGCAAUUUCCUUGUUCGCCAUGCACUUUGUAUCCGCAACAUCCACAUGUUUUGGGGCGUUUUGAGUCUGUGUCGCUCUGUUUUGGAGUUAUGUCUCUCUCUGUUCUAAAACGCGCUCUCUGUGCACCGGAGGUGUGCUUUGAUGUCUGCCUGACUGCGUGCACUGCUUGUUCACGUGAUGCGCUCGUGUUACCACGCGAAAUGGUUUUCAUCUGAGCCAGUGCUAGCUCGUGAGAUCUGGCUAUGUCGAUAGCUUUGUCCAACGUUACCUCAGACCCAACAUUCAAGUUUCUCUCACUCGCGAUGGUCACCAGCCUGCCAGAGCACUGGAAGCCAGGUCCAGACUUCUACGGCGUGUCCUGUGAACCCGUGCUGAUCACUGCAGGUGCCGGGGUCAUCGGCUUCCUCUUCUGGAGGAGCAUUCUAUCUGUCAAAAGCAAGUCAUAUCUAAAGAUGGUGGACAGGAUGAAAAAGCUUGAACAAGAGAAGAAGGAGAUACUCCAAAAGGUCGCUGAACUGCAGCAACAGGGCGAAGAACUUAAAGAAAAGCAAAAGCUGUCUGAAAAAUCUGCCACUUUAUCUCUGGAGAAGAUCCAGGAAUUGGAGAAUAUUGUGCAAGAGAUGGAGAGACAAAAUGAGCGCCUGGACGAGGAAAAUAACUUACACGCCAUAUCCUUUGACAAAGAGCGGGCCAAUACUGCGAAACAUGAAGAUAUGAUGUCCGAAAUGGACAAAACCAUUGAGAAGUUGAAGCGCAGCAAGAAGAAGACCCAGGAUACGUAG